AUGCGCUCUCUCCCGACAGAUGGGGGUGGGGACGGGGGGGAGCCGCACUCGGGAGCAGCAUCACCCCAACUCCGGCGCGCCGCACACUACCCUAGCCAGGCUGCAAAGGGGCGGGAGGCACCUUCACACCCCGAGAUCUCGGAGUCUUUCCCCAAAACACAACCGCCCCGAUUUCAGAUAGCCCCGCGGCCUGGGACUGCGGCGCCUCCCCCCACCCCCCAGCCGCCCGCCUUCGAUCGCCGCCCGGGGAGCGCGGCAACAGCCCAAGGAGCCCAGGCGCAGCGGGCGGGCCAGCCGGGACAGCGAGCGCCGCAGAUCGAUCGCAGACCCCGAGUCGGAGGCGCAAAGCAAACAGGUCUCCGCGGCGCGGCGCCGAGGCACAGAGGCACGAUUGUUCGCCCGGCGGCUCUUACCUCGGUUGGCGAGCGCGCCCCGGGGCGGGCCGUGUGGCGUGGGAGGCCGUGCGGGGAGCGGCGCGGGGGGCAGCGGCAAGCUCGGCCGCCCGGUCCGCGCGGGUCGCCCGCCCGCCGCCCGGUCCGCGGCUCGGCGCGUCCCUCUGCUUGGCCGCCGCCGCCUCCUGGUCCAGCCGAGCAGCCAGCGCUGGGCGGCUCCUGGGGUCAGGUCAACAUUUUCCCGCAGCUGCCCGCACGCCGCUCCGCGCCGCGGGGAAGGAGGGAGGAGGGGGGGUGCUCAGAGGCGCGCGCGCGCGCGCACCCCCAGACCGGCCGCUCGCCCCCUCCGACCCACCCGCGGCAGGACCAGACUGCAAUCUACAAAAAUACUCAAGGAUCGAAGCGCGGAGAGGCGCAGGAUAGGGGGGGGAGCCCGGACGAGGGGCGCAGACUUGGGAGUCCCCUGGAAGCGGCGGGCGCGGGAGGGGGGCGAGCAGGCGCGGGGCCAACUCAGUUUGUGCGGGAAACCCCGCAGCCCGCCGAGGGCGCCGGCCGGCCAGGCAUCCCGGGAUGCGCGCCCACCCUGCGGCCUCACAUUUCGGGGCUCCCGGCCCAGGCGGAGCGGCCGCCGCUGCCCCACGCCGGGCAGGCGGGUGGGCGGCGAGGACUCGGGGGGCUUAGGGCAGCGGGGAGGUGCACGGAAGAGCCACGCCGCGCACGGCAGCGGAGGGGAGCUGCCCGCCCAACAAUCCCAAGGAAUUCUCCGAGUGUCUUUGGCAGCUGUGUGGUCCACAAGGAACCAGAGGAGAAGAAAAGCCCAGCCAAGGUAGACGGUGUGUGCAUGCACCUGUUCUGCUACACGUGGCCACCUGCGCCCAUGUGGAAACCACUCUGGUAUUCUUGGCUACGUACAUCAAAGAAGGGCAGGUGUGCCUGUGAUAUCUCCCCACCCAUCUACAUCAAGCUGCAAUGUUGCGUAGAUACGGGGAGUCACAACAUCUUUGGAUGAUGCUUGAUAUCUUCUAGAUUUGGAAUAGUGUUCUCGUUCUCCUGGGUCAACAAAGUUUCCCUUGAAAGGAUUUUCUUAAAAGUAUUUGGUGGAAGUGGG